UUCUUCCCAGCGCCGGCGUAGGCUUAGCGGCCUCUUCCGGUGGUAAGGGUUUGUUGCUGUUCCAGUCGCGUUGCCUUGCGUCGUCGAGUCCGUUUGUUUGUGCUUUGGCCUAGGAGUUGUCUUGAGUCGCUGGUGGAUCUCUUCUCCUCCGGAAUAUAUUUGCCGUUCUUCCUCCUUCAAUAUGGAAGAUGAAGAAGCUAUCUUGUUCGACUCGGAAGCAUUCGAACGGAUGAAAAAGGAGUGGGUCUUGCGGCCAACUACACAGUCCCCGAGAAGGAGAUGCUGCGGGCUGAAGAAGAGAGUGCUGUGGACGCUAGGCGUCGUGAGUAUAGUGAUACUCACGGCGGUUCUAGCGAAGAAGCUUCCGCGGCAGGAGAAGCAACCGCAGCCGCCUCAGGAGCCUUACAUCAACGCCUUGAGAAAGGCGUUGAUGUUUUUCAACGCGCAGAGAUCUGGUGCAUUGCCCAAAGACAACAACGUUACAUGGAGAGGUAUGUCUUGCAUGCAAGACGGUGUUUGGCCAGCGAAUUUUCACGCAAACCUUUCUGGAGGCUAUUUUGAUGGAGGGGAUGCUGUCAAGUCAAACUUCCCCACUUCUUUCGCGAUGACCCUCAUCAGCUGGAGUGUGAUUGAGUACGGCUCCAAGUACCAAUCCGCUGGAGAACUGGAACAUGUUCAAGGUGUCAUCAAGUGGGGAACUGACUACUUCCUAAGCACCUUCCUUAGUGAACAUGAUACAAUCAACUCAAUGGUGUCACAGAUUGGAUCACGAGGAAGUGGUGGUGUGCCUGAUGACGACUUCUGUUGGAUGCGUCCUGAGGACAUUGAUUAUCCAAGGCCUGUAAAGCUAUGUCUCAACGACUGUCCGCAUCUUGCGGCAGAGAUGUCAGCGGCUCUAGCUUCAGCAUCCAUUGUGUUCAAGGACGACAGGGAUUACUCAAAGAAGCUUGUUCACGGGGCCAAGACACUCUACAAUUUUUCAGAGUCCAUGAGCAGAAAAGAUUCUAACUCGAGGAGCAGCACGUACUGGGAUGAGAUGUUGUGGGGGGGAGCUUGGUUGUACUAUGCAACUGGAGACGCAGACUACCUUGCGCGUGUAACCAGUCGCGACUUGGCUGAGAGAGCCGGUGCCUUCUCCUCCUCUAACGCCGAUUAUGGAGUUUUCGGCUGGGAAAGCAAGCUUCUAGGAGCUCAGUUGUUGUUGACGAGGUUGAGGAUCUUGCUGGGUCCGGGGUAUCCAUAUGAAGGGAUGCUCCGAGAAUUCCAUAACCAAACAGGAGUGGUUAUGUGCUCUUAUCUGCCCAAUUUCAGAAAAUUUAGGAGAAGCAAAGGAGGUUUGAUCAGGCUUAGCCAGGGCCAUCUACAGCCACUUCAGGAUGUUGCUAAUGCUGCUUUCUUAGCCGCUCUAUACAGUGAUUACCUCGAGGCUUCUUCUACUCCUGGAUGGUACUGUGGUCCGAGUUUUUACACUCUCAAGAACCUUCGGGAUUUCUCCAAAUCACAGAUGGACUACAUCCUUGGUAGAAACCCUCGAAACCUUAGCUAUGUUGUGGGUUUCGGGGAGCGUUAUCCUUCACAGGUCCAUCACCGUGGAGCUUCCAUUCCAGCACAUAAGAAGGAGAGUUGCAAAGGAGGCUGGAGAUGGAAAGACUCGAACAUGGAUAAUCCCAACAUAAUCCAAGGAGCCUUGGUUGCUGCAACUGACAAGGAUGACGGCUUCCAAGAUGUCCGGACCAGCUCCAACUACACCGAGCCCACUCUAGUUGGCAACGCCGGUCUUGUUGUGGCUCUCGUUGCGUUGGGAGGAGGAGGAACCUUGGACAAGAACGGCAUCUUCUCCGCUGUACAGUCCUUCAGCCCACCGUCACCACCACCACCCGCACCUUGGACCCCUUAGGUCUGGUUCUAUAGUAUGUCAUGAUGUGAUACUGUUGUGAUUCUGUGUGGUUUUCAGUUUUGUUCUUUCACUUUGUCUCUUUCUCUCCUACUCUCUCUUACU